GGUCCCGCAACGUUGCGCCUCUGUCUGGGCUCUCCCCACUCCCUUGUCCCCUGCCCCCUCCGCCCAACCGAGGUCGUAGAGCCGACUCGUGGGGGCCGCAGGACUCCCCGAGGGGCGGCCAGCGGCUCACCGGCCCCCGAGCGCGCCUGCGGCACCAUGGUCCAGCUUACUUCUCUCCUCUGCAAGGCUUAUCGAGGAGGCCACUUAACCAUCCGCCUCACCUUGGGUGGCUGUACCAACCGACCAUUCUACCGCAUAGUGGCUGCUCACAACAAGUGUCCCAGGGACGGCCGUUUCGUGGAGCAGCUGGGCUCUUAUGAUCCACUGCCCAACACUCACGGAGAGAAACUCGUUGCUCUCAACAUAGAACGGAUCCGGCAUUGGAUUGGCUGUGGGGCCCAUCUCUCUAAGCCUGUGGAAAAGCUUCUGGGUCUUUCUGGCUUUUUUCCUCUGCAUCCCAUGAUGAUCACAAAUGCUGAGAGAUUGCGACGGAAGCGUGCCCGUGAAGUCCUUUUGGCGUCUCAGAAAACAGAUGCAGAAGCUACAGAAACAAAAGCCAACUGACUUUAGUUGAGCAUAGUAGUGGGAACAAGGUCAGCGUCUUCUUAAAACACUUGUGCAGCGCUCUUAAUUUCAUUAGACUUAGAGAUUAAUAAACAGACUUUUCUGAGUUACUUAUACUCUUAGGGCCUGGCCUGCUCUGUUCUUGUCUGAUGUGGAGCUAGAUCUAUGUACUAAUUGGCCUUUUCAGGCCUCGUUUUAGGAAAAACAGCAGCUGUGUGGUGGGGUGGACUUUUGGGUUGGGCCCUGUGUCUCUUGGACAACUUUUACAUUCUGCUGCCUUCCAAGACGUUCCUGAUUCAAAGCCCCCAACCAGCAUGUCUGUGACCCAUCCAAGUAAUUCCUUCCUUAAUCAUUUAUGAUCUCCAAAUCAGCUCAAGAGCAUAGUUACUUAUUUUUGUAACUGCAGAUUUAUAUUGUCUUGAUUGACACAAUCUCAAAUUUACAAAGGUAGAUUUGUUAUUACUUUUGGGCUAUAAUAAUAUACUUUUUAAGGAUGAGAAUAUGGGAGAAAGUUAGUAUAUCUAGAUAAUUGCUCUUUAUUUGUAAGUUACUGUGAAAGUAGGUAAGAGGUUCAAGGUGAGAACUUAAGGCUAAGUUCUAAUGGUUUUAAUAUUGGGCAGAGGUGAGAUUCAUUUAGACCCCAAGGUGCCUAGCUGGAGAGCUUUUUUCAACAUAUUUUGUAGAGGGGCCUGGGAAAGACAGGGACAUAACAAUGAGGGAUUUUUCAAAACUCCACUUUAAAAAGUCAGUGAUAGAAUUGGGUUUAGGUAUAAUGAGUUUGGUAAUAUAAGUGACUGGUUUUGCAAAAGACAAACAAAAAGCAACAUCUGUUCCACCAGAACUACAGAAUCCUUCAACCACAAGCAUGGUUUAGAUGGUUUUAGGAUACAUUCUGCUUAACACAUAUUUCAAAUUCUGGUGUAAUGCUCGGAUAUAGGAAAUUCAUAUUUUAAUGUAAAAACUUAAUAUUGUGAGGACAAUUACCAGCCACCUGAAAUUCUGGGGUCAUCAAGAUUCCCCCAAGGUUUUCACUGGUUGGCCUCAAUUUUCUUAGAGACUGAAGGCCAAGAAGUGAUUUUACCUGGAUUGAACUUGCAUCUGGGGGAAAAAUGCUUUGAAAACCACAGGAACUCUGGUAAACUUUGAGAGUUUGAGAUCCUUUGAGAAUAGCUUAGGAGAAGAAAAGUAUUGAAAAGUAUUGACCUGUGAGGGGAACUGAUAAGGCAUGAAUUAAGGUGUUAUUUUGAGCUACUAACUUCUGCCAACUUAGAUAUCCACUUUGUGCCCUAAGGUAUCCUUCGUCUGAUAUCUUUGUACACUCUACCUGUCUGAGCUCAUCCUGUCCUGCAUUUCCAAAGUUUUCCCUACUCCUUACUUUAGAUCUCCAGGCCCAGAUUUCUCACCAUGUCCUGGAUGAUUGCAUCCAAACCGAAACCCACAUGCUCAGCCAGCUAUGCACUUUACAAAACUUUGGGGUUAGGGUGAGGGGAGAGCUUUUCUUCAGCAACUUAAAAUUUAACCUUUAGGUUGAGCCAUGUCGAAUGUUGAUGCUAUACCCUUUUUAUUUUUAACUUAAAAAACAUCAAACUAUAGGUUCAAUCUACUAGGUGGCUGUUAUUAUAUAAAUAAACUGCGUUGGGCAACGGGGGAAGAGAGGCGCCAGGUUUGCAGAGUAAGGGGAGGACUGCCGCGGAGAGAGUAAGUGGUAUACCGCACCCGGGAUACCUUUUGGGGAUCCGCCUCCCCAAAAGGAGGAUCCCGCGCCCGCUGAAGCCAGGGAGGUGGGUUCCACGUUCUCUUUAGUUCACGCGUUCGCCAGUCUGGCCACGCCUCGUUUUGCAGCCGCCGUAAAGUGCGGGCUUCGGUCACGC